CAGCUCUCCAUCGUCACCACACCCACCUGUACGGCUCCUGCGAUAGUAGUCGUCGUCUUUAUAUACAAUUGUGUCCGCAUACUCACGCCCGACAGCGUUAUGGCUUACUGAGCACCUGCAACUAUCACCGAGUCCAUACAUCUCUUCCUUGGCUGUGCUUCAGUGACAGACCAUCUCAUCUCUGAUCUAUACGUAAAUCUUAACCUACAACUCCUGCGAUCCUCAAAGUGGCUCUGCACUUCUAAACCUCCACCCCCACCGUCUACGCGAAUACCCUUUGGUCAACUCGAAACGGUUUAUACUAAAAAAUGGCAUCCGAAGCAGUUGCCAGCUCUGCCACCGAGGGUCUUACCCCUGCGCAACAGCUGAUGGAGCAGCACGACCACCACGUCACGGUCGAGGAUGUCCCGGAUGAGGAGGACAUUGCUCAUCCUGCGCCGUCGACGUCCGCCAAGUCUGCCUCCGAGGCUGCUCCUCUUAGCGAGAAGGCUGCUGGCAAGCAAAAGGUCGAAGACACCCCUAUUCCUGCGAAAAAGCCCGCCUUGAACACUGCGUCUGAGGAGGCCUUCCCAGCUCUUGGUCCUGUCAAGCCUCGUGCGCAGGCUUCUGUUGCGCCCACUUGGGGCAAGAAGCCUGCUGCGGUCACGUCCAACGGUGUGAAUGGCAGCGCGGCUGCUAAUGGCACCAACCCGGCUUCCGGGGCCGGCACGCCCGCCUCUCUGCCUGUCGGCCGCGGCCCUGCUCUCCCGACUAUGAAUAUUCCUGGCAAACACACGGAGCGCAUCUCCUUCUCGCCCAACCAGCUUACCCCUCGCCAACAGCUGAAGAAUCCUGUGAACGACAUCAUCCGCGAUAUCAACAGGCGCUCCAAGGCCAAGCUCGAGUACAAGUCUGGACCUGGUGGCACUGUCAUCUUCGAGUCCACCGGUCCAGUGGAUGCUGUGAGGCAAUCGCUCAAGGAGAUUGCCAAUGAAGUCGGUUCUAAGCAAUCGGUCGAUGUACCCGUUCCUGCCUCCGUUCGCGCUCAUAUCAUCGGCCGCCAAGGUUCAAAGAUCCAAGAAAUCAGCAAGCGCACUGGCGCCCGCAUUCAAGUCCCAAAGGCUGAGCCGGGCGAGGAUGAGGACACCGUUGUCAAUGUUCAUAUCGAAGGCAAUGCGCUGACCGCCGAAAUGGCUCGUCGUGAGAUCGACGCUAUUGUCAACGAGCGCACUUCGACUGUCAACCUGCGUCUGAAGGAAAUCCCUGCCGAGUUCUAUCCUUUCCUGGCUGGUCCCCACAAUGUGCAUACGGACAAUCUUACACAAGGUCGGGAUGUGAACAUUCAGAUUCCUCAGUACCAUACGUGGCGUUCUCAAGCACCGCCGCAGACUCCCCGCAAUCAGCCCGUUUCCUUCACUCCGCAGACGAACUUCCCCAUUCAAAUCUCUGGAGACCGAGUUGCUGCCCAGCAAGUCCAGGCUGAGCUUGAGCGCCGUGUUCAGCAGCUGCGCCAACAACUAGCUGUUGAGCAGCGAUCCAUCGAGCGUGGCCGACACCAGUUCAUUGUUGGCGAGCGGGGUGGCUCUUUGCAUGACUUCUUGGAGGAGACUGGCUGCAGCAUCGUCUUGCCUCCCAACUCAGAUGACAGCGAGACUGUCUACAUUGUUGGUCCUCCUAACAAGAUCGAGCAGGGUAUCAACAAGCUCGAAGACCUUGCUGCCAGCAUGACGAUGGCGACCGCCGAUGCCGCCCGCGAGCACAGGGGCCCCAAUGCUCAAGCGCACGCCCACAACUUGACGCAAUACUUGCGCCAGCGUCAGGCUUUGGCUGAGUUUGAGCGCCUUCACGAGGCUAGCAUUGUGGCUCCCAGUGAUCGUGAUGCCCCGACUGGCUGGGAGAUUUACGCAAAGAACGGCAAGAACAGCAUGAAGGCCCGUGGUGAUAUCAUGAGCGUCUUUGCUGGUCACCCACCGAGCAGGUUCGCGACAAUGGAUGUUGACCCGUUCUAUCAUCAGUUCCUACGACAGCGUAAUGCACCCAAGGUUCGACAGGAUCAUGGUGUACACAUUGUCUUCCCAGACGAGGCUGGACAGUCACCACAAUUAAUUCUCGUCUAUGAGGGCAGCACUCCUCACGAUGAAUAUACCAUUCCACGUGGCGCGCCGUCGUCUGCCGAGAUCAAAGCAUACCAAAAGGGUCUCGAACAGGCUCAACAGUACAUUCAGGGCCUUACCAGCAAGCAACCGCAAAUCGAGUCACGUGGUCUGGAGUCCAAUCCCAAGUUCCACCGAAAGAUCGAGCAGUUCGUCAGUGACGAGCAACAAGGUCUUGCGCAUGAUCAAGUUCCUGUUCAAGCCUUGUUCGGCCAGCGACGUCCUGAGGCUCACAGCCGCUCGAACAAUCACUUUGCCAUCCGUGGACCUUCUAAUGCCGUUGAUGAACUCAAUGCCAAGAUCCUUGCUUUUAUCGAGCAGGCUGAGAAGGACGAGCUUGAGCGUAACCAUGUUACCAGCUUCGACUACCCGCAGAAAUACGCGAGUCACCUCGUCGGCAAAGGUGGUGAGAACAUCCAGAAAUUGCGCCAGAAAUACGAUGUUGAUGUUCAGAUCGAUGAUGGCAAGGUGCAGCUCAAGGGCCCUUCAGCCAAGGCCCAGCUGUGUAAGAAGGAAAUUCUCGAUAUGGCGAAGAAGCUUGAAGAUGAAGCAACCCAUGUACUGAAGGUCAAGCCGCAGUAUCAUCGUGACCUCAUCGGAGCUGGUGGAAAGCAGGUCGAGCGUCUGCAGGAUCGCUACGGUGUUCGAAUCAACUUCCCCAGGAGGCAGCAUCACGACGACGACGCGGCUUCAGAUGCGGCUUCGCAGCGGAAGGUUCGAGGCCAAAACCAAGACGAGGUCAUUGUACGAGGUCCCAAGAAGGGUGCAGACGAAGCCCGCGACGAAGUACUCAACCUCCUACAGUACAUCAUGGACAACUCUUUCAGUGAUACUGUCUCUGUCGCUCAGAGCCAGGUCCCACAACUGAUUGGUUCCGGUGGGCGCGAGAUGGAGAACCUGCGUCUCGAGACCGGCUGCCAAAUCGAUGUACCUGGUGCUCGUGAAGGCGCUGCUCCAUCUGGACGUGCUGACAUUAAGCUAAAGGGUACUAAGAAGCAAGUCGAGGAGGCCAAGAAGAUUCUGCAACAGCGCGCCAAGGCCUUUGAUGAUACCGUCGUUGAGACUCUUGAGGUUGACAGGAAGCAUCACAGGAACCUCAUUGGUGGCAGCGGUGCGAACAUUCGCUCCGUUGUGACCUCGGCCGGUGGACCUGAUAACGCCCGUGAUUUGGCGCGUAUGGUGCGCUUCCCUCGGGCUGAAUCCGACGAAUCCUCCAUUCGUAUUGAGGGUCCCAAGAGCGUGGUGGAGAAGAUCGUCGCCGCGCUCAAGGCCCAAGCCUCAGCCUUGGAAAACCAGACUACCGAAACUCUCGAGAUCUCUCCCGACAAGCAUCGUCUACUCAUUGGUCGCGGCGGUGAGACUCGUCGCUCGCUGGAAUCGCAGCUCAGCAUUCAGCUCGAUAUCCCUAAGCAAACCACGACUGGUGCUGCACGCAGCCAAGUCAAGAUUACCGGUGAGCCAGCUGCUGUUGAGAAGGCUAAGGAGCACAUUCUUGAGCUCGUCAAGGGCCAAGAAGGCGAGACGAUCCAGGUUCCUCGCCAUCUCCACCACACCAUCUCCGACAAUGGCCAAUUCUUCCGUCAACUGAAGAACCAGCACAAGAUCACCGUGGACCACGCUGGUCAGCAGCUGCCGCCUAAGCCCGCUCAGGCUGACGCAGGAAAAGCCCGGAAAGGUGCCAAUGGCGCUUUGCCUUUGAUCACUGAUGACGCGACUACUGGUGCCGACGAACACUCCUGGGAGAUCGUCGACAACAAUCCUCCUGAAGAGGGCGCUGAUCUUUCUGCUACCAUUCCCUGGAUCCUGCGUGGUCCCGUCGAGAAUCUGCCCAAGGCGCGUCAGACGCUUGAGGCUGCUAUCGAAGCUGCGUCAAAGCCUUCUUCUACCGGCUAUCUCAUUCUGCCCGACCCUCGUAGCUACAGACUUGUCGUUGGUUCCGGUGGUAGCACCAUCAACAGCCUGAGAAAGAAGACUGGUACCAAGAUCCAGGUGCCCCGUGACCAGGCCAAGGACGAGGCUAUCGAGAUUGUUGGCACCAAGGAGGGAUGUGAAGAAGCGCGCCAGUUGAUUUUGGACAUCGUGUCCAAGGGCGGAAACGGUGGCCGCAAGUAAGCUCUAAAAACUAUUUAUGACGACUGGAAGACGCUCAAGGGGAACAGCGUGUGUAGGAUGUGUCCAGCAUACGCCAGUGCUUCGAUACAUUACAUUAGGGAGUGAUACGGGGUAGAUUGAUACUUGAGCGGCUGAUCUAUUUGCGCGACUCUAUUUGGCAUGGGUGGUGCACUUGUCUUUUAUAGUAGGACAAAAGCAUGCUUAUACUCAAAAUAUCCUUACGAAAUAUACUUCAUAUCCUAACGCUGCGUGUUAUCACUGUCACUUAGACUGAAAUCUUGAAUAGAUGUGG